GCAAAGAGUCAAACAUCUGCUGUUAUUAUACCUCUAUCUUGAAGGCAACAGCUGACUGUCCUAGACCUCACGGAAGGGGAAAUAUGGUCUUAUCCGACAAAACGCUUCUAAUGAAUGAUUUUCCAGAGGGUAUUAGUGUCACUUUAGAGUGUGGUAAUGGAUAUCUUGCAGACACGGGCUCUGGGAUUAUAACUUGCAUUGAUGGGAAUUGGACUGAACUAGAUCUCACCUGCAAAAAGAUGGACUGUGGUCUCCCUAAACCUCAGCCGAAUAUGAGCUUCAAUACCAGCGAUGGUACCCUGUUUGGUGCUGUAAUAACAGUAGUUUGUGACAAAGGUUACCAGAUUAGUGGAUCAAGCUUCAAACAGUGCUACGCCAGAGGGUGGACUGGAAGAGCUAAGUGUGAAAUUGUAACUUGUGAUGAACCGAGUGAAGUGACCAAUGGCAGAAGCUCAUGGGAUUCUCAAGAUGUUCCAAAAUAUGGAGAAAUCAUACGGUACAUCUGUAAUGAAGGAUACACCCUGAUUGGGAAAGAUAGCAUUAUGUGCAGCGAAACUGGUGAAUACGAUUCUUCGCCUCCUGAAUGCAAAGGCCUUUUGACACCUCUCCCUGUCACUACGAUGCCCAUGACAACAGAAGACAGAAUAACAACAAAAAUUGUAACACCCUCUACAACUCCAGCACAAGAAGCAUCCACACUCACAGCUCACGGAGAGAAAAGUACCACAACCGGAACAGCACCAACUGUCCCACCUUCAGUACAAGAAAUCGAGAGUCAUCAGACCAGGCAACAUUUUUCCAGUCUUCAACCGUCCAAUUUUGACAAGGAUAACCUGGCUAUAGAUACUAAUAAGUAUAUUGGAGAUACAUCAGUCGGUUUGACUGUAACGGUGUUGACUGUUCUGCUGGCUGUACCUAUAGGUAUCUUUUUAUACAAGUUUCUUCUGAAGAGAAAAGGCUCAUAUGACACCAGAGAAGACCUGAAGCCGGAGUAAUUACAGUUCCAAAAUCUUUAGAUUGCCUACCUGACGAGCUCUGCAAAUGCAACCGUGCCUAUCUUUUAAAGACCACCUGUGACCCAUGGAGGACGUGCCAACAAAAUUAAGCAGUGUCUCGAUAGGGGCGAGAUCCAAUGAUGAAAAGCACUUUUUUUUUUUACUGCCACAUUUUUUUAAGAAUUGUAAAUAUUAAUAACACCAUAUUAUUAUUGUUGUUGUUAUUAUGUAUGGAAUAAACUGGAAUAAACACUUUAACAUUG